UGUUUUCUCCACAUCAUAUGUGGCUGGUUCUCGGUAGUUGUUUUAACUAAAUUUCUUUUGUAAUGUGCUAGUAAAUAGGAAGUAAAAACUCCUCGCCAGAGGAGAGGAUCGUUGAUGUGCAUGUGAGUUUUCUGUUUCGUGUGUGUACGUGUGUACUUUGUCGAAAAGAAAACUUAACUUUGGGGGAAAAGUGUUGCAUCCCUAACCCACAUCCCCCCUCUCUGCAACGCCACGCUACGCAAAUAAAAGAGUCAGACAGUUACAAAAUACUCACCAAGAAAGUGUUCGGCAGUGGUAAAUACAAUGACGUCCACAAGCAAUUUGUCGGAUGUUGUGCGUCACUACCAACGGAGCAUUGAACGACAUGGACAGGAUGAGAAAAGACUUCUUCACUGUAUCAGCAAACUGUUUAAUUUGCCCAUCAAAUUUGAGCAUCUUCAGGAAACAGGCAUUGGAAAAACUGUAAAUGCCCUGCGUAAAAUCAAUGGAGAAAUUGGAGUGGCCGCCAAAACUCUAGUCACAAAAUGGAAGGCUAUGGUUGCUGCUCAAGAGGAGCCUAAAGAGCAAUCACAGCAACCUGAGACGCCGACACCACCACUAGAUUCAGAUACAAAUCGCCGAUCUAGUGAUGAAGAUCAGGACCAGGAAAACAAAGGAAGCAAUUCCACCAGUGGAGACGAAGUGCACCAGGAGCUACAACCGCUACCACCACCUCCACCCGAGCACCAAAAAUCUGAUCAUCACCACAAUCAUAGUCAUAGUGGCAAGACCAAGUCGAAACACGAAGGGCGAAGCUCAAAAAGUAAAGCGGAAAAGAAUGGCCAUCAGCAUAGCAGUAGCAGCAGUAGCAGCCGAACUCACUCUAAGAGCAAGUCAGAUCAGGAUAGGAAACACAAAAGCAAUCGGCAUGACAAGUCAAAAGAGAGUCACAAGUCCAACAGAGAACAUAAGCACGAGGAGAAAUCCAAUAGUGAUAGCAAAGAAAAGCAUAAGGAAAAAGAGCACGCCUCGAACCAUAAGAGCUCCAGCAGCAGCAGCAGUAAGUCUAGUUCCCGGCAUGAAAAACCUAAAGAUCAGGUAGAUCAGAAGUCAGAGAAAGACAAAUCUUCUGCAUCUGCAUCAGCCAACAAGUCAUCCAAGCGUAAACGCAGUCCCAAUCGUCAAGAUGAUGGCACGCCGCCUUCAAAAGCGGCCAAAAACAAGUCAAUAACAGAAGAAGAUUCCCAAGAUGGCUUUGACUCUAGUAUGGGAGCGAAUUUUGAUGAUGUUCUUGGUAUGCUCAAUUUACCAAUGGGCUCAUCAAGUAGCUCUAAGAAAUCCUCAACCACCAGCACUAAGGCAAAGCCAUCCUCCAAAGUACCAACAACAACAAUGUCAACGGCAAGCAAAUCCACUUCUUCCUCAACCGCAUCAUCUAGUGGAAGAUCUACUGGCAAUAGAAAACCAGAGCUUCUGGCUCCCACAGCUAAACUGGAACCAUUGGAUCCCAGCAUUGCCUUGGAAUUGCCAACAAUAUCGAACAACUAUAAGCCCAUGCCGCUCAAUCAAACAGUCAUGGCUGUUGUUUUUAAUCAGGGCGGUGGCGUACCCACAUCAUCUCAUAAGUCUGGAGGCCGUUUCUUUAACGAAUCUGAGGCUUUGGCUCAAGGCAUUUCUUCCAAGACUAUGCGCACUAAGAUCUAUUCUGGAGUAAAAACUGGACAAAUUCUACAAGUGCCCUCGUUAUUUGAUCUCUGCACGCGUGUGCUACAAAAGAAUAUUGAUGCAUUGGAAUACACUGGAGGUGUACCCUUUGAAGUCUUACGUCCAGUUUUGGAACGUGCCACACCACAGCAGCUGCUAAACUUUGAAGACUACAAUCCCUAUCUAAUGGAUGACAGUGAAGUUCUGUGGCAGCAGCAUGUCCAACGACAAUGUCGCAGUCAAAAACGCGAAGAGAUGGAGACAUGGCGCGAAAUGUACCUUCGCUGUCAGGAGGAAAAGGAACGCAAGCUUAGCAUUCUAUCCGAGAGUAUAAAGGCCUCACAAAAGCUUAUCGAAGCACCUGUAAGAAAAACCCAAUUGGCAUUCGUUGACUCAAUGGUGAAGCCACCGCGGAGUGUGCAACGCAAGCAAGAUCAAUUUGGUACCAGAGGCAAACUGAUAGCCACGCCAGCAGCUCGUGUGGCAGCUCUUCAGAGUGUUACGCCCAAUGCUGCAAAGGUGGGGGAUGCACGUUUGCGUGUGCUGGCCGCUACACGUGAUACGGCGCAAGUUGGCGCUCCAAUGCGUAUUAAGAAAGCUCCCCUUAUGGCAAAAACACUGCAGUUUAUGCGCGGACGUCAUAAACGUUAAAGUUAAUUGUAUAAUUAUACUGUAUAGUCUUAUACUCAAUUUUGUUAAUAAUAAUCGAACACACACACCAAGCCUCACACACACACACACUCUCAUAUGCAGUGUGUGUGUGCGUGUGUGAUACUCAGUCUUUCUGUCCACCCAGUUUGUCUGUUUUACGGUGGUGUGUGCAUGAGAAAAACCGAGAUUUGCCGCUGUGACUAAACUUCUUGUGUUUUCGAUACAUUUAUAUACCAUAUAUAUGUAUAUAUAUAUAAAUAUAUAUGCAUAUUUAAAAUAUUUAUUCAUUUUCGUUUAACAUCAUUUUUUAUUUAAAUGUUUGUUACUCCAUUUAGUUUAUAAAGGCUGAGAGAAAAUUAUGAUUUAUAAAUAAGUUUGCCCUAUCGAAAAAAAAUUGUAAUAAAUUGUAAUGCAAUUGGUAUAUCAAAAUUGCUUUAGUUUGCUGGAUA